AUGAGCGAAGGAGGAGGCCGCCUCGCCUCGCCACGCCGCGCCGGGCCGGGGUCCUGCGGCACCGCCAGCGGUGUAGGCGCUCAGAAGGUACGCGUGGAGGAGGAGCUGGAGGCUUACCCCAACGAGUCCGUGGAUCUGCGCUGCCAGUUCAUCGACGGCGGAGGCCGGACCAAACUGACUCAGGUGUCGUGGAUCUGGGAGCCCAUUGACGGCCAGCGGGACAACAUCGCCGUCUACCAUCCGGAAUAUGGGCAGAGUUUCCCCAACCUGUCCUUCAAAGACCGCGUGGUCUUUCUGCACAACAACCUGGAGAACCCGUCCAUCAGGAUUUCCGACCUGCGGAUGUCCGAUGCGGGCCGCUACACCUGCGAGUACGCCACCUACCCGUCCGGGAACGAGCAGGGCACCAGCACCCUCGUCAUGCUCGCCUUGACGGGCGCCUCCCGUGCCGUCUCCUUAUCACCGCUCUCAGCUGAAGAGCGCCCCAUCGGGCCCAAAGCCCGAGACGAAGCAAUUUGCAGAUGA